CGCCCGCGCCGCUUGCCUCGGUGACACGUCACCAAAACGCGACAGUCGAGAGGAGGCUGUUGAGUAUGAAUUUAUUAUGAUGAAGUAACAACAGGGCAUUUCAGGGAAAACAAUUCGUGGAAUUAAAAAAAAACUCCACCGCGACCGAAGUCUGUUAAAGUGUUCAGCUGUAAAGAAGAGCAGCAGGGAUGAGGAUCCGUCUGCAGGCGUCAGGUCACGCCGCCAGUCUCCUCACUGAGCUCAACUGCUGUCGUCAGUCACGUCAGUUCUGCGAUGUCUUUCUACAAGUUGGAAACCGCACAUUCCCAGCACACCGGGCGGUGCUGGCCUGUGCCGGGUCGUACUUUCGCAACCUGUUCGGCAGGACCGCGGCCUUGUCAAACUUCACACUGGAGUUUAUUUCACCGGCCAACUUUGAGAAAGUUCUUACUUUCGUCUACACUGGAGAAAUCCUGACUGAUCUUAUUGAUGUGGGGGUCUUCUAUGAGCUGGCCGAGAGGCUGGGGGUCAGUGAACUGGUCAGGGCGUGCCACGACAUCUUCCCUGACAUGCAGAGCUGUAAACCCAGCAGCGCCCACAGACUGGACUCCAGCUUGGCUGCUGCUACAUCUUCAGGAGCUGUCGUCACGGCAGCUUCUGUAUCUGCGGUGUCACUGUGUUCCUCGGACGCUUCCUGCUCUUCUCUGUCUUCAUCUGCUUGUCUCUCUGCUGCUGCAACUCCUGCGGUUUCUUCCUCACCUCUCUUACCAGCCACGAAGGCCAGACCUGGCCAGGAAGCAGACUCUGGCCUUCUGACGUUGAACCUGAAGGUAGAAGAUGUCCAGCCUCACAUGACCUGUGGGCAUGUGACGCCUGAUCAUCAGCUCCCAGCAGAAAACCUUUUACCCUGUGAGAGCAGCAGUGCUCUGCCCUCGGGUCUUAGUCUCCAGCUCAAGACUGAACAAGGGUUAGAGGACCAGUCGGCGGGCGUCAGCUGUGGGGACGGAAACUCAGAUGAACAGUUGGUGUCUGGGGGGGUCCCUGUGCCUCAGAGCAGUGACCCCACUUCGUCCGUGUCAUCCCCCUUCCCUGACUCUUCGGCACAACAUGUUGCUGAGACCUGCACCCCGACCUCUUCCUCUAGAGAGCCUCUAAGCGGCCAGCAGCCUGGUGCAGUGGACGACAUGAUGGUGGACCUGCAGAAAGACCGUGGGCUGAUGUUCAGGGAGGUGGGGGACAGGGAGAAUGAGGGGAGGGAAGCUCUGCAGGGGAACGGACAAGUAGAGGGAGCAGAAGAGGAGCAUUGGAGACACCUGGCUGAUGAGAUCAUUGAACUGAGCGAUGAUGAGAACUUCAUGGAAGGAGAAGAAGAGGACGAUGACGAUGACCUGGUUUGUGUGGAGAAUGGAAGUGAAGGGAGCUCAGCCAAUCAGGUCUCCGGGGACAUGCUGUCAUGUAAAGUCUGCGCGGUGCCACUCCCAGCAGACCCUGCCGCCAUCAGACGUCACGCCGACACGCACCUGACCGAGCACGGACUCUGCAGGGUGUGUGGCGCCUCCUUUCCAGACCGUGCAGCUGGGGACGCCCACUCCCUCUCUCAUGUGGGGGUGCAGCUCUUCACCUGUGACAUGUGUCACCUGCAGUUCUGCAGCCAAAACAAACUGCUGCGUCACCACCACCAGUCCUCCUCUGGUUACACUAUUCCUCAGGCCGCACUCAUCAACAGCAGCAGCAGCGGCGGCGGCGGCGGUCUGGGCCGCAGCUCUGAGCUGCAGUGUGCUGUCUGCACCAAAACCCUCAGCAAAGACUUCCAGUGGUGGGAGUUGGUACUUGACGGAGAAGGGAUUUCACCUUCUACCAGCUGCCAUUACUCUCCCUGUUGUCUUCUCUCCUCUCUGUCAGACUGUCACCAUCUGCUAAACCACGUGUGUCCUCAGAGCCUGAGCUGCGGAGUUUGUCACCUCCCCCAGCUCUCCUUCUGCUCCCUGUUGUGGCACGCCCUCACACACCUCUCUCUGCCCAUUUUCACCUGCCCACAUUGUGCCCGCUGCUUUGUAGAGCGCCCUCAGCUGGACAGACAUAUGACUGCACAUGCUGAGGAGGCGGCCGCAAAAGAGAGGGAGCGCCUGGAGCUGAGGCUAUUCGGAGGAGCCAGGGGAGGAGAAGGAGCGGGUAUGGCACCCCUGGAGGAGUUUAUUUGUUUCCUUUGUGGAAAAACAUUUCGCUCCUAUUCUGCGUUUGAGGACCAUCAGAGCCUGCACACCAACGAGCCUUCGGGGAGCGGAUUAGGUUUCAAGAGCCAGAGUUUGCUUGGCAAACGUAAGGCUGACCAGUCUGUGGAGUGUCCUCCUUCCUCUAGCUCCUCCUCCCCACGGGACGUGAGUGGCGUGGUUAAAAUAAGCAACAUGGGUUUGCAACUGGGGAUGGGCUUCAGUUUACCGGACACGUUUUUUCCUGGGCAACUCAACAGCUUGUCCUCUGGGGUCACCUCCAACGGUACUUUGGGACAGAAGGGGGCAGUAGCUGCAGCAGGAGUACGUGAAAAAUGGUACCGUUGUCGCUACUGUGGUAAACGGUUCGCCCACUCAGGGGAGUUCACAUAUCACCUACGCAUCCACACCGGGGAGAAACCCUACCAGUGCAAGGUGUGUCUGCGCUUCUUCAGAGGCCGCUCCACCAUGAUCUGCCACCUGAAGACACACGCUGGUGCGCUGAUGUACCGCUGCACCGUUUGUGGACUUUACUUCUCCACUCUGAAGCUGGUGUCGUCACAUAUGGAGCUCCACAAGGACCACCUUCCACCAGACUUCAACAUUGAGCAAACGUUCAUGUACAACGAUCACUCAAAAGAACCGCUGCCUGCCAUCGACACCUGAUUGGCUGGGAGUUGACCUCGAAAUGUUCUUUUUAAACUCGAGAAAAAUAAUAUAUCUGAAUCCUUGUUAUAAGAAAAAAGAAUAAUAUAGUCAAGUUCCUGUUUUGUGAAUACUUCGGCUUCCAGUUUUCUGGGUUUUAUCCAGAAAUUGUAGCAUAAGGUUAACGUCUCCAGAAUUUCACUGCAACCCUACAUUAUUUUAUAACAAUACAAAAUAUAAACACCUUCAGACAGGCAUUUUAAUCUAUCAGCUUUUAAGGUUCUGUGAAUUUUAAUUCAGCCCUGAACCCUCAGAAUGGUUAAACCCAAGUGAAAGAAGUUGGUGCUUGAAUAAGUUAAAAAAGAAAGUCAUCGGAUUUACAAAAUGUAAUUCCUGGACCAAGAAACAAUGGUCAGAGAGAACCGUUUCUGAAGACUGUAAUGAAUCUUGAAUCUUAAACAAAUAUCAAAAGUAGCCACCUGGGGGCAUUGUUUCCGCCUUUGUGUCAGUAAAAGUGGGGAUAACUUCCCCGCAUUUAUUCUCAAAAGGGAUGUUUUAAAAUUUUUAUUUGAUUAAAACCUUAUUGUAGCACACACACAUUUUCUACUAUUUUUAUUCUCUCUUACAUUUGAUGUCACGGACUGUCCUGAAUGUGAAACCUGUUUUGUGGAUCCUAAAGUUCAGUUGUUGUUCACUGGAAGACGGAAUUUAUUACGUACAGAAUGUAUUGAUGAUUUUUGUCACCGAAACAGUAGCAAUUAUUUUUCAUUCUGAAGCGGCAUCUUUGUUCGGUCACCCAUUGUGUACGUUCUUGUUGAAGGUGUGUAUGUGUAUGUGUCAUAUAUGUGUCUUAAAAGUAUUUAUUUUUUAUUUUUAAAUAAACACUGCCGGAAAGACCGUUA